UACUUUUGCACGAUGAUAAUGCGAUAUUGGCCGACCUGGCCUGUAGAUAAACAGCUUCUGCAACAUUUUCUUCACACAGAUUCAACUCCUCGUGUAGUUUGGUUGAGAAUCGUCACAGAAGGAACAGUAACUUCCAAGAAUGGCGAAUAUUCUGGAAGAUACUAAGUACCAAUACAACUUUCUGGGCAAAUCAGGUCUGCGGGUGUCCAACAUCUGCCUGGGCGCCAUGACCUUCGGCGGGGCUGAGAGACCUGGACAAUUAGAUGAAGCUGCGUCUCAUGAGGUUAUUAAGCGUUUUGUGGAAUUGGGAGGCAACUUUAUCGACACGGCGAACGUGUACUCAAGAGGAGGAUCUGAGCAAGUUAUCGGCACCUGGCUGAGCUCCCAAGAGCGAGACCGUUUCGUCAUCGCCACCAAGGUGCGAGGAGCUAUGGAGCCCGACAACCCCAACGGCGUCGGCGUCAGCAGAAAACACAUCUCGAAAAGCAUCGACGACAGUUUGAAGAGACUUCAGACUGAUUACGUCGACCUGUACCAGCUGCACUCGUGGGAUGGCGCGGUGCCCCUGGAGGAGACACUUCUAACCCUCAACGACCUGGUCAGGUGUGGCAAGGUGCGCUACCUUGGGGUCAGCAACUAUUCUGGGUGGCAGUUACAAAAAUUAACGGAUCUAUCCCAGAAGCUGGGACUUAACCCCUUCAUAUCCUUACAGCAACAAUACAACCUGGUCAGCAGAUUCUCAGAGCUGGAACCAUUCCAGGUGUGUAAGGUGAACGGCAUUGGUGUGUUGCCAUUCAGUCCGCUUAAAGGAGGAUUUUUGGCGGGAAAGAUGAAAAAAGGUCAAGUUCCUGAAGAAGGCCGAUUGAAAAGAAUGCUUGAGCACGAGCAAAAACCAGCAGGUCAAGGACAGCCUGGCAGAGGUCAGAUGCCCACCCGGUACUCGACACUGACGAGUGAGGAGAAAAACUGGCAAAUUCUGGAGGUCUUAGAGAAAAUCGCCACUGCCAAAGGCAAAUCUGUGGCCCAGGUGGCGCUGCGGUGGCUGCUGCAGAAGCCAGUGGUGUCGUCAGUGAUCAUCGGCGCCACCAAAGUGUCACAGGUAGACGACAACAUGGGUGCUUCUGCUGGCUGGGAGCUGAGUCGUGAAGAGAUGUCAGAACUGGAUGAAGUAUCGGCACCAAGCCUACCCUACCCUUACGACAGGAUCUUGAGGAUGGACAGCUCACGCGUUAACCCCUGGAAUCCUGCUGGUUACAAAGUCACAUCAUAGGCUGCAACCAUCUAAUAUAAAUGGUUCAAAAUAUUUCAUGAACUGCAUUUUGUAUUCAACUGUUGAAAACCAGAGGUGUACUAUUUCAGCAUUUUAUAUUUUUUAUUAGUAUUUAAACAGCUGUAGCUGUUUUAUUUGACAGACUUUUGUUAUUUAAAUCAACACACUAAUGGAGUGAGAAUUAAGUUAAAGCACGCCGAAGUAAAGCCAUUUAAAAUAUA